UUCACUUGCCACCAGCGUAGCCAGCGUGCAGCUGCCCUGCCCUGAUGCAAACUUCAUGUCCAUACGGGAAUAUAGACAAGCUGACGAGGAGGACAGUGAAACUAGAAGAAAAGUACCCUCUUUGUCAAGGAUUUGAUGUAUACCUUAAGCAAAGGAGCCCCUCAACCUGGAAACCAUCAGUGAAUUGAAUCACCCCUGCAAACUGUUUUCUUCUUCUCAAAAGUCUGCUGUUCCUGCGUGAAGGACUUCCAGGAAAGAGAAGACAAAACCACUUAGUGACAGGAUGGUGGGCCACACAUGGAUAAACCUCUUCAGACGCAUGAUGCUUGAUCCACCCUGCUGGAAGCUGAAUGACUCACACAAGAUUCUCUAAGGAAGUGAAGAUCUUUCGAACACAAAGGACCCACUGCCAUGGAGCAAAUCUGGAAUUCAAACUUAGCUCCUCUGUAGUCAGACUUGGGACUUUUGUAUACAAAUUAAAGAGAAAUUUACAGCUAUGAGUAUUGGAAAACUUCCAGGGAUUAAGGGCCUUGUGUCUGGCUCCCAGGAGAGACGUCGUUUCAAGAGCGACCUCUCCGUGGACAUGAUCAGCCCGCCACUAGGCGACUUCCGACACACGAUGCACGUCGGCCGUGGCGGAGACGUGUUUGGCGACACUUCAUUCCUUAGCAACUACGGAGGCGUCAGGGAGCCAGGGAGCCCUGACUCGGCAAACAGCUCCAAGUCUACGGGCUUCUUCACACGCACCUUCAGGUACAUACGGAAGAAUUCUGGGCCACGGGGAGAACUUCGCGACCUUUCAUCCCCGCCGCCAGACAUCUCGCCCAUCAUCAAGAAUGCCGUCUCCCUGCCUCAACUCAACAUUGAUUCUCCCAAUGGGUGCCUGCAGAGGGUGAUGCUCCCAAACUCCAUCAGCUCAACAGAUAGUGCCAUCUCCACAUAUGGUAUCCAGUCUGGAUUUGUCACUUUGCCACGCUUCUCUCGCCUUGACAGACCGUUUCUAGAUGGAGAACACAGAGUGUCUCUACGAGAACGUCACGGCAAGGCCGUGACUCGUUCAGACUCCCUCACCUCCUUCACUUUAGACCUCGGCCCCUCCCUGAUGAGCGAGGUUCUGGACUUUUUGGACAACCCCAGCUUCCUCCAGGUAGCCAGCCAUGUCGCCGCAGCUGAGGAGGAAGAGAAAGACGACGCUGAUGAUGAGGAGGAGGAUGACCGAUCUCUAACAGAGACAUUUGUGAGCCCUGCUGGGAGUUCGACAAACUCCUCAGUGCGCAGUGGGUCAUCGAGAAGGAACGUGAACAGUAAGGAGCACUCUUGUAGCAGCAGCUGGACAGAAGAGGACAGGAGGACAGUUGCAGCGUCCUCCAAAUCUCCUCCAAGGUCUCCUCCAAAACAAGAACCUGCCAUGGAGUCCGAGUGCUUCCAGAGGGCAGCUGAUGUGCUGUCUCGGCAUUAUGGCGGAGGGUCCGUCAAAAGGAUGAGUCCUCCUCUUCCCAAAACAUCAUACACUUUCUCCGAAGAGGAAGAAGAAAUCAAAGUGUAGAUGAUAACAAUGAAUUCUGCUCUGUAAUAAUCUUGCUGCCACCAUUUUUUACAGUUUAUUUAAGCUGUUGUAAUAGUUACAUAAUUGCAUUAUGUAAAUACCUGGUUUAAAUAUUUAGUCUUGUUAGUGUAAAGGCUUUAUAAGGGAUUCACAUAUUUCACUUUGCAUACUUAGGGAAAAGUAAACGCAAGAAAAUUACACAAAAAAGAGCUAUAAACAUUUAAGUUAAACCUGAAUACAUUAUUUGAAGUUAGUCCUCUUGUGAAAAUCGUUACCAUACAUAUUUUGUAGAUAUGUUUACUGUUUUAACAAAAGAAAACACAAAUAAUAACAUGUUCCAAACAGUUGUUGGCUUAAUAAACUUUCUUGAAAAAUUU